GCUCUCUCUCCACUGUCGGGUUUCUUCUACGCUUCCCCUCCGAAUAUCGAAGGGCCGGAAAAGCCUCUUUCCCCUCAUAAAUAAGAGGAAGAGGCAAUCCUUAUUCCCUCUCCUCCUUCACAAUUAAGCUCUUUAUUACAGCUUCUCGAUUCCUCAAUUCCUUUCUUUUUGAGUGUGAAUUCGAUUGCAAUGGAAGGCAUAAUUGUGCGGAGAGUGAUUCCCUCAGACAACAGCUGCCUCUUCAAUGCUGUUGGAUAUGUUAUGGAGCACAACAAGAGCAAGUCUCAGGAAUUAAGACAGGUUAUAGCUGCAACAGUUUUAAGUGAUCCUGUUAAAUAUAAUGAAGCAUUUCUUGGGAAGCCAAAUGAAGAGUAUUGUGAUUGGAUUUUGAAUCCUGAAAAGUGGGGAGGUGCUAUUGAACUUUCAAUUUUGUCAGAAUACUACAGACGCGAAAUCGCAGCCUAUGACAUUCAAACUUCCCGCUGUGAUUUGUAUGGUCAAGAGAAGAAAUAUGAUGAGAGGGUCAUGCUUAUUUAUGAUGGACUACAUUACGAUGCUUUAGCUAUGUCUCCAUUUGAAGGCGCACCUGAAGAAUUCGACCAGACCAUCUUUCCUGUGGACCAUAAUCGUUCAAUUGGCCCUGCCGAAGGCCUUGCUCUCAAUCUAGUUAGGGAUGCCCAGAGGAAGAGGAGCUACACCGACACUGCAAACUUCACCUUGCGCUGCGGUGUAUGCCAAAUGGGCGUGAUAGGUCAAAAGGAAGCAGUUGAACAUGCACAAGCUACCGGUCAUGUUAAUUUUCAGGAAUAUAGAUAGAUGCAGAAGCUUGUUGUUGUGACUUAUUACAAAACAUUUAUUUCUAAUUGGAUUUGAUUAAACAUAGACAUAAGUUUCAACUCAUUUGAUGAGACAUUUAAUAUUCCUCAUGAUUUGGGCUUUGUUACAGACAUUUGGAGAGUUUUUUUUCUUUUUUCUUUUUUAGUUUACUGAAAUAGGUUUGACUAUAAACAAGUUACUCAGGUAUUCAAUGAUGGCAUAAACUAUGUCCAUUUUCUUGGAA